CCUCACGUGACUACCAGUCGACGUGUGCAGAAGUCCUUAUAAUCCAGGCCCUGUUUCUCUGUAGCAGCUCCGCUCUGCUGGAGAGGAGUGACUCGGUUCCUUUCAGAUUACUGGCGUGCUCACCAAGCACUCCGGUCUGCCUGCAGGACUCUUGGUCUUUUGAGCGCGGCACAAAUCGAGGUGAAAGAAGAGAGAGGAAAAGCCCCGGGUCCGUACAGGAUUCAUUUAUUCAAAAAGGAAAUUUUAAAACCUUCAAAAUGCAGAACUCCUGUGAAGUAAAUGAAGGACAGCCACAGAACGCACCAAAGGCAGAUGAAAGCCAUCCUUCGGAAGAAACUCCACAGGAGGCCGAAGGCAAUCCUCCAGCUGCUGAAGAAAGUGUUAGAGAAGAAGCAGAAGGAAGCGUUGGAGAAGAGCCUGCUCAGCCUGCCCAGGAACCUAAAGAGGACACUCCGGUCAGGCAUUUGGACCCUGAGGAAAUAAUAAGAGGAGUAGAUGAGUUGGAAAGGCUUAGAGAAGAGAUAAGAAGAGUAAGAAACAAGUUUGUGAUGAUGCAUUGGAAGCAAAGACAUUCACGCAGCCGUCCUUACCCUGUGUGCUCCAGGCCUUGAAAUCAGUUCUGUCUGCUAUUGAAAUCUGGCUGCUGCUUUCUUUCUGUUAGCAUUCUUUAAUGUAUCUUUGGCCUUCAUUUUACUGUCUGAUAUUUUGUUUUAAGUAGUUUGUUACCAGCAUCUCAUUAGAUUUUGGAUUUUGGCCUAUUUUUCAGGUUUAUUUUUCAGUCAGUAAGUUUUGCACCUAUGCAUGGAAAUCUGUUCAUUCCAUAUUAUACAGUAAAACAUUACAAGUUACAAAGCAGCAUAUUUAGAAUCAGCUCACAUAGGUAGGGAAAAAACCUAAUUGUGUGUGUAUAUAUGUAUCUCAAAAACUUAACAAGUGCUUAUUUUGCGUGGUGUUUUGUUUUUAUUUCGCUUUUUGCUUAUGUGUAUUUUUUAAUGAACACACGUCUCACAAAGAACUGAGGGUUUUUUAAUAAGUAAAAGUCAAAGAAUUUGCAACCAGCUUGUAUGGUCAUCAAGGACACCUAAACUCUUGAUAAAUGAUCUAUAAAAAUGUAAACCUUGAUUUACCUCUGGAUCUCUUAGCCAGAGUAAUAAAACUGGCAAUCAUUACAGA